AUGACUGUGGGCGCGCUCUGGGAGCAGCGCGAAGCUUAUGCAGGCUCCUCCGUCCGCAUUUCAUCCAGGCGCGCUCGUCUCCGGCGCACGUUCUUCGGCAUUCUGGCUGCCCAGGCCGUGGUCGUCCGAGUGGUGGCCUGGCUGCUCCUCUGGGAGUCGGCCUGGCUCACCUGCACAGCAGCUACUGCCGACCCGGGCGUAAAGGCCACUUGCUCUGACAUCAUUUUGCGGCAAGAAGUUUUGAAAGAUGGUUUCCACAGAGACCUUUUAAUAAAAGUGAAAUUUGGAGAAAGCCUUGAGGACUUACAGACCUGCCGACUCUUAAUUAAACAGUACAUCCCGACAGGACUUUUUGUGGAUCCAUAUGAGUUGGCUUCAUUACGAGAGAGAAACAUAACAGAGGCAGUGAUGGUUUCAGAAAAUUUUAAUAUAGAAGCUCCCAACUAUUUAUCUGAAGAAUCUGAAGUUCUCAUUUAUGCCAGACAAGAUUCACAGUGCAUUGAUUGUUUCCAAGCUCUUUUGCCUGUGCACUACCGCUAUCAUCGGCCACAUACUAAAGAUGGAGAAACCUUUAUUGUAGUCAAUAACCCUGAUUUAUUGAUGUAUUGUGACCAAGAGUUUCCAAUUUUGAAAUGCUGGUCUCAGUCAAAAGUGACAGCUCCUUGUGCUUUGAAGAAUAAGGAUAUUUGCCAAUGGGACAAUAUGAAAUAUAAAUCAGUAUAUAAGAAUAUGACUCUACAGGUUCCAGUGGGACUGACUAUACAUACCCCUUUGGUAUGUUCUGUGACUCUGCUUAUUACCAUCCUUUGUUCUACUUUGAUCCUUGUGGCUGUUUUCAAAUAUGGCCAUUUUCCCCUAUAAGUUUUAUGCAAUUAAAUGCUUUCCAUAAAUGUAAAUAA